UCCAUGGCGCCGCUCCGACCUGCUGAGUGCGACUGUUCAACUUGAACUCAGGUCCUUCAGUGACAAAUUUUUUUCACGUUUACGGCUAUUUUUUUUUUUAAAUUGUUUUGCCUUGAACAGUGGCUUGUGUUUAUUCAUCAUGUGAAUUUAACUUUUUUUGAAGCACCUUCUCAGCUGACUCUGUGAACAGGAGCAUACUGUUUUAAUUUUAUGGUCGCCGUCUUUCACCGGAAAAAUGAACUGCUUCAAGCAAAGGCAGAGACGUAUAGCUCCCAUGCAGGCUAGCAGCAUAAAUGAGCCGAUCCCCUCCAAAUCUCCCAGGAUGAAUGGAUGGUCAUGGCCCCCUCAAGCCUUCCAGCUGAGUACCUGGUUGGUGUACAGCUACCUCUCUAUAGUCAACUUUGGCAUCUAUGUCCCUCUUCUGCCUCUGCCGUGGAACCAUGUGGUCUAUGCUCUGGGGGGCAUAUCAUUUAUUGUACACUUUUUCACCCAUAUUGCUACUGUUACUAUAGACCCAGCAGAUGACAGUGUCAGGGCCAAACAGAUCUACUCCAGUCCAAUGCCAGUUUUUGACCGGACAAAGCAAGCGCACGUCAUCCAGGACAGAUACUGUAGUCUAUGUAAUGUAAUGGUUGGCCCCAGAGUAAAACACUGUGGUGUUUGCAACAAGUGUGUGAAAGACUUUGAUCACCAUUGCCAAUGGCUGAACACCUGUGUGGGUGGCAGAAAUUACUGGUGCUUCUUUGCAGCGCUGUCCUCUGCUACACUAGGUGUCUUCCUGCUUGUUGCUGUCACCUUGUUUAUCGUUAUUCAACAUUACCUGGACCCAAACAGUCUACGAACUGCCCCACAGUUUGACAGUACACUGGGGAAUGGAACCUGGCUGGUGUUUUUACCAUUAGCACCAAUAAAGACUAGUUCAGCUGGCCUCCUUGUAUUAACCUUGAUCACCAUCACACUGAGCAUCAUCUGCCUCGCGUUGCUCUGUCAUCUUCUGGGUUUUCACUUCUAUCUGUUUUAUAAAGGAAUAAGCACAUAUGAUUAUAUAAUGAUGCAGCGCCAAAAAAAAGACAGAAACCAAGACAUAGAAGCAGGACAUCCCAGUGAGGCCAAAGCCCACCGCAUUGCUCAACAGAACCAAGAGAGCUCAAUGGGCUGUGAGCCAGCAUUAUCACAGAGUUCAAGUACCUGCAAAUUUAACAAUACAGGCUCACUCAACAACCAACUUUCAGAGUCUAUAUAUACCGAGGCAGAAAACUUUAAGAAAUCCACAGAAAAGGAAAACAAUUUUCAUUAUGGCACUGAAAAUCUCACAGAGAACACAGCAAGGGACAUGUCCACAAGCUGGAAGCCUGACGUGGACAAAGAGGCUCAGAGGGCAGGUGUGAAGUGUGUUGACAGUGUUCCUGAGAUGCAGGACCCCCUGGGCAGCUCAGUCAUGACUCCAGGUGAUACCUAGCAGCGGCUGCUGUCUGCAUGAUGGCGCAUCAGUAUGCUGCUUUCAGGGAGCAUGUAUUAUAAAAAUGUGCUUCAAGAUACUGAGACAUGAAAACAUGGACCCAUUGUUUAUAUGGACAGAGCAUAUUUUGUUUCUUUUCAUCUACACACAAAUUAAUUAUUUAAAGAGUCAAUGGCAUGCUUUU